AUGAGUCAGGCUCUUGAGUCUCAAAAUGCCCCUCUUUUUCCCCUCAUUUCGCCCCGGGUAAUCCCUGCAUGCGCGUACGGCAGCGUGGGUUCAAGCAGGGAGAUCUACCAGAGCGAGAAGUCGCCUACCACGUUCGUGGCGUACCUGCGGGCCACACAUGCCCCCUCACAUGCCCCCCUCUUUCCCCAAAACCCAUCCCUGGUAAUCCCUGCAGGCGGGUAUGGUGGCGCGUAUGGCGGCAGCGCGGGGGCGGGCGGGGAGAUCUACCAGAGCGAGGCGACGACGGCCGCGUUCGUGGCGUACCUGCGGGACGUGGUGAAGCCCAUGAUGCUGCAGCUCAAGGCCGCCGUGGAUCCCAAGGUGCAGGCGCGUGUGGAGCUCAAGGUGGGGCGCAGCAACUGGCGCGUGAGAGGCAUUCUGGAGGAGGCCACGCGGCUACAGGCGUCCAUACUCGUCAUCGGCGCGCAGCCCAGCCUCCACGGCGACUCCUUUGGCACGGGGGCGUAUUUCAUCCGCAACAAGCCGCCACACAUGUCAGUCUACGUCAUUCAGGCGGGCAAACUGUUGGUCUGCCACGAGGCAGACGGGCAGAUCACCGGCUCGCCUGCUGCCUUAGACGCCCUUGCUCUCGAAGCCGCAGCUGCAGAGGCAGCAGGGGGAGGCGGAGGCGGAGGGGGAGGCGGAGCGGGAGGGGGAGGCGGAGGGGGGUUUGCAGACGGAACGGGGGCGCUGUUAGGCAUGUCUCCGGGUCAGUUUGAGGGCGGAGGGCCCCUAUUGGUGGAUCAGCUGCUGGCUGCCGGCCUGCGAUUGGACACGCCGGCUGCUGAGCUGGCGGCGCUGCGGCUGCCUGCUGAAGUGUUGGAGCAACUGCUGGCCGCACAGGUGGCAGCUGGUGGUGAGUCCAGGUGGCAUGCAGUGAGUGGAGGUGGCAUGUGCACUGGUACCUCUCCUGCUGCGGGGAGGAAGCUGAAGGCGAGUCGCAGCAGCGUUGGCAGGCACAGAAGGGAAAGGAGCGGCGGUGCUGGCAGUGCUGGCGGUGGCGGUGUUGACUUUGCUGCCAUGGCUGCUGCUGCAUCUGGUGUGGGAGACGCUGCUCGAGGGGCAGGGCGUAAGAGUGCAGCAGCAAUGGAGAUAGAGCAGAUGCGGGUGCAGGCAAAGGAGGCGGAAACAGCCAGGCUGAAUGCAGAGAGGCGGCUGCUGCAGAUGCGCGUGCAGGCCCAGGCAGGGCGGGGGGAGGCGGCUACUGAGGCGAGCCCAUGGGGAGGGAGGGGGGAUGAGGGGGCAGGGCAGGUGAGGGGAGAGGGUGGAGUGGCAAGGUGUGGGAGCGAGGGAGAAGGGAGUGGGCAGUCACAAUACAGCUAUGAGCUGGCGCAGUCGCAGAAAGAAUUUGAAGCUGCCCGGAUGAAGCUGGCCUCAGUGGAAGCAGCUUUGGCCCGGGCAGCGGGCAGAACGAAGCAGGAAGAUGGUGGAGAGAGAGGAGCAGGAGGAGCAGGGUCAGGAAGGCGAACGGGGCAAUCGGGGUUGUCUGUCAGUGGUGGUGGCGGCAGCAGAGGUGGUAAAGCAGGGGGAGCAGAGGCGUCAGUUGCAGCGGCGGCGGCUGCGGCAGCAGCAGCGGCACAGAGGCUAGCGCACAGAGGAGGCAACCCGCACCAGAGAUUCGAGCAAGGGACCAGAGAAGGCCUAAGAUGGGGGGAGACAGGAAAUGGGAGGGAAGAGGAUGAGGGGCAGGAGAGCGGGGAGGAAGACGAGGAAGAGGAGGAAGAGGAGGAGGAAGAAGGAGAGGAGGAGGAAGGGGAGGAGGAUGACGAGUUGCAGAUUGAUAUAUUGAGUGCGGCUGGGAGUGGUGUGGUUGGGUUCAUAGAUGGAUCCUCCUCCACAUUUGACCUAAGCUCCCUAUCCCCUCGCUCACUCCACGGCGCAGACUCAAACAGCCGCCCACCCUCUGCCAACACCCGUGGCCUAACCAAAAAACAGCAACAUUCCCAAAAUAGCAACCUUUCCUUUACUGGAGGUUUUGAGGGCUCUUCCAGCGAUCUCCAGGUCGACCUUUUGGGCGGCAGCUCGCUGGGUAUGGACAAGGGAACGGGCGGCGCAGAGGGCGGGGAGCAGCCAGAUGAUGACGUGGAUUUGUCUCUUUCCAUGUCAGAGCUCCAGAUCGACCUGCUUAGCCCUGGAGAGAACAUGAGGAGGGGGGAUAAGCAUGAGAAGGAGCAGGAGGAGUGGAAGCGGGGAAAAGAGAGGGGUGGAGGGGAGUUGGGAGAGGUACAGGAAGAUGAGGAGGAGCUUGAUUUAGGGCUUAGUCUGGUGGGGGGCUCUGAGCAGGAUGUGUUUGGAGAUAAUGGCAGGGGCAGGGAGGGUGGCGACAGCAAUGGUGGUAGCGGCAGCGGCAGUGGCAGCAGGGGUAGUGGCAGUGGGAGUGGCAGCAGGGUUAGCGGUAGUAGUGGGAGUGUGGGUGAGAUUGUUGAGGAGAGGGAGAGGGAGGGGCAAGGGAGGGGAGAGGCGAAGGAGAAGGGAGGGGAGGGAGAAGGGAAGGGUAAAAGAGCUGGAGCUGUGAAGCAUGUGAUUGGUCGAGGGCAAUACCGUGUGUACAGUUAUGAAGAGAUUCAGGCCGCAACGGACAACUUCAACCAGAAGAACCGACUGGGCGAGGGCGCGUUUGGCACGGUGUAUGGGGGGCGGCUGCACCACACUCGUGUGGCCGUGAAGGUGCUUAAAGCCACAGACGUGGUCAAAGCCACCAACGAGUUCCAGCAGGAGGUGGAGGUGCUAAGCCAGAUCCAACACCCGCACGUGGUGAUGCUGCUCGGCUGCUGUCCGUCGCACCACUGCAUAGUGUACGAGUUCAUGGCCAGCGGCACUCUCGAGGAGCGCCUGCUCUGCGCCAACAACUCGCCGCCCCUCCCCUGGUUCGCCCGCCUCCGCAUCGCCGCUGAAGUCGCCUCCGCGCUCCUCAUUCUCCACGCGCGCCCCAUCCCCAUCGUGCACCGCGACUUAAAGCCCGCCAACAUCCUUCUAGAUAAGAACCUCGUAGCGAAGCUUGGCGAUGUGGGGCUGGCAAAGCUGAUGCCGGGAACAGGGUCGCAGGUGCACACACACGCGCAUGAUUCCGUGCCUGUGGGGACUCUGGCUUACGUCGACCCGGAGUUUCAGCGAACGGGGGACUACGGGCCGAAAUCCGAUGUGUACGCGCUCGGGAUUAUUUUGUUCGAUAUUCUGACCGGGCGCAAGCCGACGACUUAUGAGGAGUUAGAGGAGGCUGUGGAUGAGGGGGACGAGGAAGCUUUUGGGAAGCUUCUGGAUGAGAGGGGGGGCGAGUGGCCGAUAGGGUUGGCCAUGGAGGUGGCAAGGAUGGCAGUGCGGUGCAGUGAGAUGCGGAGGAAGAAACGGCCGGAUCUGGAGAGUGAGGUGAUGCCGCUGCUGGCGCGGGCGAGGGAUGAGGCUGCAGAGGCAGAGGAAGCUGCCGGGAAGGAGGGUGGGCGGUCGGGAGGGAGCGGGGAUGUGCCCAAGGGGUUGCUGUGCCCGAUCAACAAGCAGCCUCGACCAAUGGGCGUCAAGCUUCAGAUUCAGCUUCUCGAGGCGCGCGGCCUGCCGCCCAAGGACAAUGGCGGCGCGAGAGACGCGUUCGCGCGGCUCCAGAUGGGCGCCUCGAAGGCGCGGAGCAGCACUGUACCUAAGGACAACGAUCCGACGUGGCAAGAGGAGUUUUUCUUUUCGGUCAGCGACGCGGAAAAGGACGAACUGCUGGUGACGGUGUGGGACAAGAGCGCCUUCCUGGGGGAGGAAUUUCUCGGGCAGCUUGUGCUGCCCGUGCGACAGGUGCUGGCGUGCGACGGCUACGAGCUGCAGGCGACGUGGUUUCCGUUACAGAACAGGCUCGCGCGACCGCGCGCGACGGUUACAGGCGACGUUCUGAUUUCCGCCAGCCUGUGGGGGGUUUCGUCGUUAGUGGCGGAAUCCGCCUCCCCCUCCACUUUGCCAUCCAGCCCAAUCCUUCCGCCCACUCCUCCCCUCUCCGCCCCUUCCGCUUCCCCGUCUACUUCCCCCCUCGCCGCGCCUUCCCCCGCGCCUUCCCCCUCCCUCAUCUCUACAGUCAGCUUCGCCUUUCCUAAACCUUCUUCCGCCCAUCCCCUUUCCGCCCCCACUCCCCCUUCCGCCACUCCCCGUUCCGCCACUCCCCCUUCCGCCUCUCCCCCUUCCGCCCCUCCCCCUUCCGCACCUUCCCCGUCCGCCCCCGCCUUUUCUCUCCCCCUCAAGCCCGCGCUGCGCCGCCAUACAGGCCCGUCCGAUACAGUCGCACCUGCUGCUCUCUCCCCGUGCAAGGAAACGGACGAGGGGGAAGCGUGGGGCGGUGGGGGGAAGGAGGGACGGGGAGACGGGGCAACGGAAGGGGAAGGAGGAGGCGAAGGAGGAGCGGAAGGGGAAGAGGUAGGGGAGGAGAACGGGGAAGGGGAAGUAGAGGGGGAAGGGGAGGGGGAAAGGGAAGGCCAUGAGGCAUCCGCUGACCUUCAAGGUAAAGAGGAGGAGGGCGCGAACGGCACAACAACAGCAGCAGCACCGGCAGCAGCAGCCGUCGCUAAGCCGCGGCACCAGAUCCUCCAGUCGCUCUCCGAGUCCUUAAAGCCCAAGCCGCAGCAGCUGCAGCAGCUGAAGCAGCGCCUGCAUGCGUCCAAGCUAUCCGCAGCCUCAGCCAUCAGGUCAUUCGGGCACGCCGUUGAGAACAGCGUUGCCAAGGCCGGGCAGACCGUGCGUGCCGCCAACGCCAAGGGCGGUGGGGGUGGGGGUGCGGCCGGGGCGACUGCACAUGCACGUGAAGGGGGAGAUGAGGGGGAGGGGGAGUCGCGGAGAGGGUCACUGGGGGAGGGUGACGGGGCGAGCGGAGGAGGGAGUGGGGAGUCCGGGGAAGGGGGUACGGGGGAAGCGGGGAAGGUGAAGGUGCCGGGGGUGUGGUGGGAGCAGGAUAUGAGGGACGUGCCCAGUGCAGGGCCCAUGCCGGGUGAGCUACCUGGUGGCGGAGUGCUGGUGGACCAGGCCUUUGAUGCCGCCCCACACGUGCUCUUUGCGGCCAUCUUCAAGCCCGGCUCGCCCUUCUUCCAAGAGUUUGCAAAUGAGCGCAAGCUGACUCAAGUCAACAUUGGUCCUUGGUUUUUCGCCGACAGCAGCAGCAGCAGCAGUCACAGUGCAGCAAGGCUCAAUCGCAGCACAGCACACAAGGGCAUCAAGCCUCCCACCAACCUGCCUCCCGCUGCUGCUCCCAAAGGGGGCGGAGGGGCGGAACAGCAGCAGGAAGACACAGGCACCGUGAUGCACCGCACUGUAUCGUACAUGACCGCGCCGUCCUCCUUGGUAAAAUCAGUGCAAGCGACAGAGGAGGUGCUGUGUGUGCGGGCAGAUGCGGGCGGUUUCCUGGUGGCUGUGACAGCGAAAACCCCUGACGUGCCGUAUGGAGGCACGUUCGAAAUACACCUUCAGUUGUGCAUCACUCCGCUUACAGAGGAGGGUGUGGGCGCAGGAGGAGGAGCAGGAGAAGGAGGGAACACAGGCGAGCAGAGCAGUAGAGUCCCGGCUUCUGCAGCAGCUGGUGAUGGGAGAGAGACAGGUGCAGAGGGGUCAGGCAGUGGGAUGAAGAGCCGGCUGCGAGUGUCGUAUGAGCCGCAUUUCCUGCAGAGCACCAUGAUGAAAGGCAUGAUAGAGAACGGCAUGCGCACCGGCCUCAAGGAGUCAUACGCCACCUUCCUCUCUGUACUCACAAAGCACGUGCCUCCCUUCGUCUCCACUGCACCAUCCACCUCCCUCUCCCAACCCUCAACCUCCCCUCCUCCCUCCUCCCCACUCGGCCGUCUCCUCUCCCGCCUCGGCGUCCCCCCCCACCUCAUCCCGUCAAAAACGGCAAUCGCCGAGGCUGCACUCCGGGCAACAGGCCCACUUGCGCUCUUUGUCUUUUUCCUCGCAGUGGUCUUGCUACCUACACACCUGGUGCUGGUGGCACGGGGUGGGGCGGGGGUGGUGCUGCCGCUACUAGACCUUCCUGAUAGCCUGUUGGAGCUGCUAUGGUGUGCCGUGAUCCUGGUUGCAACCAACCAUGUGGUUGCCAUGGCACGAGGCAUCAUUGUAUCAAAAUACAUCAAGAAGGGCGACCACGGGAAGAAGGCGGUGGGGGAGGGGUGGCUGCUGACAGUAUCGCUAGUCGAGGGGGAGAGCAUAGGGGAUGCAGGCGUGGUGAUGAAGGCGGACCCCUUUGUGGUCUUUGCUUGCAGCGGCAAGACGCGCACCAGCUCUGUGAAGCUGCAGACCAACAUGCCCAAGUGGAACGAGGUGCUCGAGUUUGACGCCAUGGAGGACGCGCCUUCCAUUCUCGAGAUCGAGGUUUUCAACUACGACGGACCCUUCUCGGAACCUUCCCUGCUCGGCCGGGCAGAAAUAAACUUCCUCCGGCAGUCGGCGCAGGACCUCGCGGACCUCUGGGUGCCGCUAGAGGGCAGGCGGGCGAAAGUUCAAGCUGCCCGGAUCCACGUUCGAGUGCUUCUGACCAAUACCUCUGAAGCUGCGGCUCCUCUGGUGCUUCAGAAGAUUAGCAAGGAAGUGGGCAGCAAGGGUGGCGUGAGGGAGUUUUCAUUGCAGAAGAACCUGGCCUUCCAGCGCCUGUUUGAUGUGCCAGACAGCGAGUGCCUCAUAAACGACUUCUCCCCCACUCCCUCCCCCUCCCUUCCCCCACUCCCCUCCCCCUCGCCCCACCAGGGCGGUGUGAGGGAGUUUUCAUUGCAGAAGAACCUGGCCUUCCAGCGGCUGUUUGAUCUGCCUCGUCGCCGUGCCUUCCAGCCAACUUUUUUUUACCCUCCCCCCCUCUUCCCCCUCCCCCUCGCCCCACCAGGGCGGUGUGAGGGAGUUUUCCUUGCAGAAGAAUCUGGCGUUCCAGUGGCUGUUCGACCUACCGGACAGCGAGUGCCUCAUAAACGACUUCUCCUGCAUUCUCAGGAAAGGGCUGCUCUGCUCUCCCAGGGCCGCCUUCACAGGGGCGCCUCUUCCUCUCCCCGUCCCCCUCCCCGUGGACACUUGCAUCAAACUCACCCUCCUCUUCCGUCCCCCCACCUUCCCCCCCUCUCUCCCCUUUCCCCACUCCCUUCCCCCUCGCCCCACCAGGGGGGUGUGAGGGAGUUUUCAUUGCAGAAGAAUCUGGCCUUUCAGCGCCUGUUCGACCUACCAGACAGCGAGUGCCUCAUAAACGACUUCUCCUGCAUCCUCAAGAAAGGGCUGCUCUCCCAAGGCCGCCUCUUCCUCUCCCCGCGCCUCCUCGCCUUCUACUCUUCUGUCUUUGGCACGCGCAUCAAAUUCACUCUCCUCUGGGAAGACAUAGACGAGAUUGACGACAGCGUGCCGUCUCUCUUCGACCAAAAGGAGUCCCAAAAAGAUGCCAAGUCUCAAACGGCCCAGGCUUCAUUGACUAGGUCGCAACCGAUCAAGAAUCAGACGGCCGCCGCCGCCCAGAAAUCCUCCAUGACGACCUUCAAGCGCAUGCUCAACCCGGCGAUCACCGUCUUUGUCAAAAAGGACAAAGGGACGGCGGAAACCCGGGCGGCAGCGCACGGCGUGGACUCGCACGGGCGGCUGAAGAUCCGAUUCCAGUCGUUUGUCCGGCCAGGUGUGGCCUUCCGUCUCGUCCUUGCCUUAUGGCGCAACCGCAACCUCCCCACUGACCAGCAGCUAGCUAGAGCCAAGGAGGAGGGCGAUGCAAGUGACAGUGGCGGGGAGAGAGGCGAGGGUACCAAUGUGGGGAGGGACGGGGGAGCUGGGGCAGCGACAGGAGUAUCCAGCAGCAGAGGCGAUUUUUGGGGGGCGAGAGGAGGGAUGGGAGGGUAUCGGGAGGUGACCGAUUCGAGAAGGGAGUCUAUAGCGGUGGAGGACGGUGGAGGGGCGUUUAUGGGGGUGGAGACGCGGGAGGUGAUAGAUGACCAGCUAGUAGGUGUACCGAUCACAGUGCAGCAGUUCCUGGCCUCGUUUGAUGACCCAGCAGCCACUGCUGCCAUGAUGGAGAAGGCAGGGCAGAUGGGUGCGGAGAUUGGCGAGUGGGAGGCGGUGGAAGUUGGUAUGGGGGACGGGGUGGGGCAGCUGGAGGGCCGGGCGGCGGGAGGCAGAGUGGGCGGCGUUCUUCGGCGCCAGCGCAGCGUCAAGUACCGAUUCUCUCGGCAGGUCCCUGUCCUCUCCCCAACCGUGACCGCGGUGCAGCAGAUGACUCAGGAAGCCAGCACCCCGGGCAGCAUCCCGGGCGGCAUCUCGGGCGGCACCCCGGGCGGCAGCCAGGACGGCGGUAUCCAGUGGGCGUGUUUGGAGCAGGUGCUCACUCUCCACAGAGUCCCCUUCGGCGACAGCUUUCAGUUAGAGUUUUUUCAAGAGAUCAAGGCCAAGGAGAUAUUCUCCCUGCCAGGAGCAGCAAGCACGGCAGCAGGUGCAGCAGCAGCAGACGUGGGAGCAGGCAAGAGCAGCGCAGCAGAUACGGCCUACUCGUCCUCUAGCCCAGCAGAAGCUGCUGCUAGCGCGGCCAGGGGAGCAGCCGCUGUCGCCUCCGCACUGGUUGCCGCUGCAGGCGCACUCAAACUCACGGCACGCGGGGCAGCAGCAGCAAGCGGUACGGCCACAGGUGACGGAGGAGGAGCAGGUGAGGAGAGAGGAACAGCAGGCGGUACAGCAGGAGCAGCAGGGGGGACGGCAUUGGGAGCGAGUGGGUUACAAGAGGGGGUGUUGCAGGAUGACAGGGUGCGAUCGGUGCUGCACGUGCGAAUGGCGAUUGCAUGGCACAAGGAGCUUAGUGAGGCGACACGCAGCAAGAUCAAGAGCAGCAUUGGGCGAUUCUACAAGCAGCAGGCACGCCGCGUGGUUGAACUCAUGGCUGCUCAGGGGACCUGA